CGUAUUGAUUAUUACGCAUGUAAUCGUCGGGAAGUGGAGGAUGGAGAAAACAUGGACGAUAUCAUGUGAAGAUGUUGAAUUGCUAGACUUUGAUGCUUGGAACUUUUAUUGAAGAUUUGUAAAUCAAGUCGAGUUUUGACAAGUUAACAUAUGGCUUUGCAGUGAGGCUGGUUUCUGACUGCAUGCGUGAGCAAAAUCUCCUGCAGUGGUCUGUUAAAUAAAAUUGAUCAUACCAAAACAUCAAAGAUUAAUUCGUUCGAUUGGUUCGAGCAGAGGCUAACCAGCCUGUUUAAAGGAGUCGUAAUGACAGACUAUGGAUUAAUGAAGCGGGCAUCUUCUUUACCACACCAAAGACGAAAACAGAAAAUUUUUAAGAGGUCGCUCAGUUUGUCUCUUCCAGAGAACACAGGCCCUGUCCUAAAGUUUUCGCAGGCUCAGCACUUUGCCCCCGAAUCACCAAUUGCGCUCCCUAAAGAUUUUCACGGGGCAGAGCAAAGCAGCCAUAACACAGAAACAUCAAUGACAAGCAGAAUCAUCGAUAAUAAUUGCCAGCAGCACGACGAAGCGUCGGUGUCUGCGAAAGAUGCUGUGCCAUGUGGGACAGACGAUGGUUCGGAAGAAUUUGACCAGGACACGUGUACCGAAUGCCCUAGUGCUUGUUUACCCGAAAAUGAAACUACACAUGAAGCAACAUUACCUCAAGAAACGUCGGUCUUAGAUAAUGACAAAGUUGCAACAGCACAUGACAUUCUGAUUUCUUGUUAUGGAGUAAAUGCUGAAAAUCUUUCACAUGAUAUCACCCAUCCUGAUCAGAGAUCAUUCCCAACACCACCAACACCACCCCCUCCACCACCUAUCAAGGAAUGGCAACCCAAUCCUUUAUCAGCAAAUCCAGUUCAUUCCAGCAUUAUGGUCGACCUAGACAAACUGUCUGGUAUAUCAGAUUAUGAUGAUAUGUUUUCUAGGCUGUCAGUUGAAAGUGGAGUUGAAGGGUGGUAUUGCAGUAUCUGCUAUUGCAUGGCAUCUAGAAAUAAAGAAUCUUCAGUGUAUUGUGAUUCAUGCUCAGGAUUGUUCUGUUUAGACUGUAUGCAUAUACAUCUUAGAACUAGAAUCACUGGGGGUUUCAUAAUUCUCAAAUGCCCAGGAGAUUCUUGCACACGAACAAUAACAGAUGAAGAAAUAGAUCUGCACUGCAGUGAAUGGAUGCACAUUUUUGUUAAAAACAGAGUAGAUGCAGAUAAUAAUCCAAGAGUCAAAACUUGCCCAGGCUGCAAUAUAGUCCAGCAUUUUGAGGAGCCAGAUGAAGUGCCCAUCCAUCACAAGUGUGGAUCCUGUGGGUUACGAUGGUGCAUACCUUGUCACGCACCAUGGCAUAAUGCCUUAACCUGCAAGGAAUUUCAAAAAGAUGUCAUUGGCAAAGGACACAAGGCAUUAAAGGUUUGGGCAAAGGGGAGAGGAAAAUCAAAUGCUAAUGCUGUGAAAUGCCCUCAAUGCAAGUUCUUCAUUGAAAGGAUAUCUGGAUGUGACCACAUGUGUUGUUCCAGGUGCUACACUGAUUUCUGCUACAGAUGUGGGAAAAAGCAUAGGAAAGGAGGAAUUUUUGGUGAUCACUAUAGCCGCUACAGCUUCUUUGGUUGCAAAUACAACUUAGCACCAAAAAAGCCAGUGGUGAGAGUUGCUGUAAGGUCAGGUGUAUUAGCUGGUACAAUUGUGGCUGUCCCUGUAGUGGCUGCCUUUGUUGUGUCAGUUGGUUGUAUAAUUCUGGCAGUCAGCCCAGUUGCUGUUCCAUCUUUUAUUGCUGUUAAGAAAUGUAGGAAGUAGACUCUUAUGUCUCCAAACUACAAGUUCUUUGGCAUAAGGAAGUUAUUAGUUGAUUAGAAACCUUUACACCCAUUAAACAUCAGGAAGUCAAUUUUUUUGCAAAGUCAAAUUUCCCAUAAAACCUGUUUUGUUGUGUUUAAUACCACAAAUGACUUUUAGAUACCAUGAGAUCAAGCUUUGAAAAAAUUAGGCAACUAUAUCCCUAGCAAUUCUCUAUAUUAUUGUAAGCUUGCUGAAUGAAUGUUAGAGGCUAGCAGUGCCUUUAAUGUUUCUAGCAUGUGUUUUUGAGCUACAUAAGCAUGGAUAAUAAAUUUAAGAUAAUUAAUUUCUUGUAGAAAUGACAUUGUCAUGAAGGUUUAUACUCUUAGGCUCUAGCUACCCUUUCUUUUUUAAUGCCUUUUCAAUGAUCACCCUCUGAUAGCUUCAUUGUGUUACAUUAGCAGAAAAGAUUGUCAUCUGUUUUUCUUCAGAGACACUGCCCUGUUAUGGAUAAGGUCAUUUCAAUCCUAAAUAUCCCAACAACAUCAUAGUAGGCUGUACCAACAAUAUCAAAACUUUGCUCUCGUGGCUUUAUCAUCAUAGGUCAUACUAUUUCUAUUUUUAGCAUGAUACAGUCACUGUACUAAUAAUUACUUUGCAAAACUCUAUCACUUUGUUUUGCACAUGCAAGUCCUAAUACAUCAAACAAGCUUAAUAUGUUUACAUUUUAUAGCAGUUUGUGGUUUUCCUCUUAUUCUGCACCCCACCACAAUUUUUGUGAAAUUUAUUUUAACAUGUCAUAUAUUUUCAAUUUUUGUUGUUUUCCCUUGUAGGUUGUAUAUAUAUUUUCCUCUGGGUUGUUAUCUAUCAAGCAAGCUAAGCAUUUCAUGCCAUGUCUUUAAACUUCCUGCUUAACCCAAAAGAAAAGAUGAUAGAAAAUAAUUUGUGCUCACAUUCAAAAUAGACAUCUGUAAGGGGCUGAUCUCUAUUAGUAUUUCAUGGAUUUUCACAAAGGGGCUGGUCCCCAAGGCUUCAUUGAUGGAAGCCUUAGAAUUCUAAGAUAUUAAAGUAAUGAAAAAUCAGGCCUUUUCUUGUCAUCAAGCAAACAUAAUUUCUAGCAAUGUCUUGAUAAUCAAAAUUAAUGACUAUCCUUUUUCUUACAGUAAUAGCUGGUAAUAUGCAUGUUAUGAUACAUUUGCCUUAAAUAUUUAGUUUCAUUCAUUUGAUUUUUUCUCAUUUCUUUGUUGACAUUUUAAAUAGUCUAGCAUAAUUCUUAUGUUUAGGAAAGUUGUCUUGGAUUUAAAUUUUAGAUAGCUAAGGUAUUUGUGUUAAAAGUUGUUUAAGAAUUUAUUUUAAGAGGUGUCGAGAUUAUUUGAAAGAUUAUUGUACUUAUUAUUUUGUGUUUUGCCUAACAGACAGUAAAUUUGUAAUAAUAUGUAAAGAUUCAUUUGAGACAUAGAUACUAUUUCAUGAAGU